GGAUACCCCGAGGGCUUUGUAGCUCUUGGUCCUGCGGAGUCGGCAGCGCUUGUCCUGGGUCUGGUGAGGGGGAGGGGAGGGGACGGGCGCCCGGCACCCCCGCCCCCUCCCCUCUCCUUGCCUCAGUUGGCGAGUCUCUCAAAUGGGGCGAAGGCUCCUGGAUCCUGGGGGGGCUGUGAGGCGGGACUGCCCCGCCCCCUCCUUUUUUCUUCCCCCUCCCCCCUCAAUUUCCCGUCCUCCUCUUCUUUCUCUCCCCACGUCCAAGCUCCCCUUCCCUCCCCUUCCCCUCUCCUGUUCCCCAGAUCCCCCACUCUGACAUGAAUGUCCUUGGACUACCACCCCCCUGCAUUUUGGGGGUUCGGACCCCUGGGAAAGGAGCCUCCAGCCCCAAAGCCUGCUUCCCUCACCUCCCCAGCUGUCAUCACCUCCGCCUCUUGGGACCCCUUGGGCCUGGGUGCGAGCAGCAAGGAGCCAGAAUGGGCCCCCAGUUCCUCACCAGCAGGCCCCCCCAGGAAUCAGUGACCUUCAAGGAUGUGGCUGUGGACUUCACCUGGGAGGAGUGGGGCUACCUGGACACUUCUCAGAAGGAGCUUUACUGGGAGGUGAUGCUGGAGAACUACAGGAACCUGGUCUGCCUGAGCCUUGCAGAUUCCAACAAGGACGUGAUCUCUCAGCUGGAGUUGGGGGAAGCAUAUGGGAUUCCAACGGGUAGUGUCCUAAGAGUCGUCUGGCCAGAUUGGGAUACCAGGCCUCAGACCAAGGAGUCGACUCCAAAGAUGGGUGUUUCUGUGGAAGACUUAGCCCGGCAAGCACCCUCAUGGGAUGACCCAUGCAUCUCCAAGAUGGGAAGAGCCUGGGAGUAUUAUGGCAGGUUAAAGAGAGAGCAGAGCAAUGAGGAGAAAUACCCUAGAAAAGCAAAAGUAAACCCAACAGAACCUCCCAAUGAAGGGAGAGGCUCUGAGUGCAAUAAAUAUGGCCCAGUCCUUUCUCCACAGCAGGGAGCAUCUGUAGUGAUGGGUCUCCAUAGAGGUGAUAACCAGUGGAGGAACUUCACCGGGGAGUCAGGCCAAAGACAGUGUAAUCAAGUCUAUUCACAGAAGAAAUAUUCUGAGGUUAACAAAUGUCAGGAAACCUUCAGUUAUGAUUUUGAUGACAUUAAAAAAUAUGGGAUUCACGCUGAAGAGAAAUAUCAUGAAAGUGGGAAUUCUUUCCUCCUGAAUAAUGAACUUAGUCGAUACCAGAGAACUGAUACAGAAAGAAAGUGUUCUGAAUUGACAAAAUGUGACAAGACAUCCUGUCAGAAGGCAAAUCUGACUCAGCACACUAGUAUUCAGAGUCAAAACAAAUAUAAAUGCAGUGAAUGUGGAAAGGCCUUCCCGCAGAAGAUAAAACUUAUACAACAUUACAGAAUUCAUACUGGAGAGAAACCUUUCAAAUGUAGUGAAUGUGGAAAGGCCUUCCGCCAAAAGGCACAUCUCAUAAGACAUUGUAGGAUUCAUACUGGAGAGAAACCUUUUAAAUGCAGUGAUUGUGGGAAAGCCUUUCCCUGGAGCACGGCACUGACUCUACAUCAGAGAAUUCACACUGGAGAGAAAUCCUACGAAUGCAAGGAAUGUGGGAAGACAUUUACAUCACACAGUAACCUUUCUCUGCACAGGAGAAUUCAUAAAGGAAUAAAACCUCAUGAAUGCAGUGUAUGUGGGAAGGCAUUCUCUCAGAAAUUCAUUCUCACUCAUCACAGUAUCAUUCAUAGUGGAGAGAAACCUUAUGAAUGCAAUGAAUGUGGAAAGGCAUUCCCAACAAACUCUAAACUUUCUAUGCACCAGAGAAUUCAUACAGGAAUAAAGCCUUAUAAAUGCAGUGAAUGUGGAAAAGCAUUCUCUCAGAAGUCUGAUCUUACUCGUCAUGUUAGCAUUCAUACUAAAGAAAAAUCAUAUGAAUGCACUGAAUGUGGAAAAUCCUUCACUAGGGGUGCAGGUUUUUCAUCCCAUAAGAGAAUACAUUCCAGACAGAAAUCUUAUGAAUGUAAUUAAUGUGGGAAAGCAUUCCCCCAGAUCACAGCACUUAGUCAACAUUAUUGAUUCAUGAUAGAAUUCAUGAUGGAGAGAAACCUUAUUAGUAUAAUCGUUGAAGCAAUACAUUUCUCUGGGAGAGACUUUUUGAUAAAUGUACUUAAUAUUGGAAAAGAUCCAAGAAAUAUAAUCAUGUGGAAAGCC